CGAGUGUCGUAAAAUUUGCGGGAGAUUUGCACGUGUGUUUGUUUAUGUUUACAAAUUGAAACCAGUAUGCCUCCUAAAAAGCGACAACGGAAAGAGAAGGGAUCAGCAGAGCCUGCCCCAAAAAGGACAAAAACUUCAAAAAGUACAGGAACAGAAGAUCAGCCUGUAUACACACACUGGCUUAUGAAGUCAGAACCCGAGAGUAGGAUAGAAGGAGGGGUGGAUGUUAAGUUUGGAAUUGAAGACUUAAAGAAAGAGGAAAACCAAAUAUCAUGCUGGGAUGGAGUAAGAAAUUAUCAGGCAAGAAAUUUCAUGAAGCAGAUGAAAAUUGGACAGCUUGCCUUCUUCUACCACAGUAAUUGUAAGGUACCUGGUAUUGUAGGGAUUAUAAAAAUAGUGAAAGAGAGCUACCCAGAUCACACUCAAUUUGAUAAAAAGGACAUCCAUUAUGAUCCGAAGUCAAAGAAGGAUGACCCACGUUGGCAUAUGGUAGAUGUGCAGUUUGUUCGCAUGCUCAAGAGAUACAUCCCUCUCUCUGAACUGAAAGAAAUCCAUCACAAACACAAGGACUCCGGUGGUCCUCUGAAAUCAUUGGCUCUUUUCACUAGGGCCAGACUUUCUGUGCAGCCCAUCACAAAAGAGGAAUGGGAUUUCAUAAUGUCUCUUGAAAAUAAGAAACAAUAAGAAAAAUGAUGUGAUGACUUUUAUGAUAUCACACAAAUGCCAGAGAUUU